AUGCCACAUCGCUACAACGUCAAAGGCUCUCACAUGGUACACUACAUUUGGUCUGAGAAGGUCGAAGGCAUGAAAGUCAGCAGGAUACGUUUCCAGGACAUCAAUCUGCAGAAGCCGAGCUGGUUGGCUGCGAAACACUCACCAUUGCCCCCAGCAGACCGUGACUAUACCACCAAAGCACCCUGCGAAACCUGCACCUCUUGCAACUGUACCUGGUCACACGUCUACGCUGCCGGAUGGAUGUGCUUGAACGAAGGCUGCAAGGAACACUUCCAACUCGACGGAGACACCUGCACCGACUUGACAUGGAAUCCGGUCUGGAUGAACGAGCGCACCGAAUGGCCCCAGCAUAUCAUCCCGCCAUUCCCUCUGAAGCCAACACCGCCCCUUACCGACUCCAACGUACCAAGCCUGGAGGAAGAAACAUCCCUCUCGUGCUGGAAAGGCAUGGUGUGUCCGAAGUGCGGGAGAUGCAACUCACGCACAAAGUGGGACGAGUGGAAGUGUUUGAAUGCAGCUUGCGACUUCGAGCUCCCAGUCACGCACACGGUCUUCCCUGCCAGAGCUUUGGUCGAAAAGCACGGGUUCGAAUUUCAAGGCCAGGCCAUAUCCUUUGACAAAUGUUAUGCUCCCGUCACCAAGCGUGAGACGGAGUGGCCAGGCUUGUGGCGUCAUUCAACCUACGACAUCCCAGGCGGGAACGUUGUGUCUCAUUUCCACGCAAAUGCUGUCAUCAAUCAGCAGCCUGGGGGCGCGAAUGAGAUUCUUGAAGCACUGCAGGGGUCAAAGCUGGGCAUGGAAAGAUUUUCCAUGGGGAAUGCGUCCGCAGAAGGUCUUUCGCUCGUAAGACACUUCGCAAUCAACUAUGGUAUGCCAUACAAAUACGUCGUAUCCGUGGACUCCAAACCCUUCAGCGAAGCACCCCCAACGAUCAUGAACAUCGUCAACCGCUUGACCUGGGCCGGAAAAAAGGUCGUGAACGACGGCACAUACCAACAGUUCAACGAACUGCUCUGUCUCGGCUACUUUGAGAACCAGUCCAUCGGCGUGAGUCCCAUCACACUUACCCCCCUGUUCCACCUACUCAUUCAGCCAACCAUUACUAACAACAAACGCCACAACCAGUACCACGACGACGGCGAAAAAGAUCUCGGACCAACCAUCGCCUCCAUCUCCAUCGGCGGCGAAGCCAUCAUGACGAUCCGCAUGAAAGCCAAGUUCUAUUUCUACCCAAAGGGACAAACGCCGGAAACAUACGAUCCCCUCGCAGACAUCGAGCCCGGGACGCAGCUCUACAAGGAGCGUCUCGAGCUCGCGAGGCUGUACAAGGCAGUUCAGAAGCAGGACGAGGAAAUGGAUGAAGAGGAGGAGGAGGAGGACAACGAUACCCAAGAGCGCACCUCACCCCGUCGAGCAUACCUCCGCGCCAAAACCGCCCUCUUCGCCGCCCUCGCCAACGACAAGCGCAAAACCGCCCCCGUGAUCCUAUCCCUGGAUCUGAAACACGGCGACAUGGUCGUCAUGCACGGACAUCCCCUGCAGGCCAGAUACGAGCACGCCGUGACCCCCAAGGGCAAACUCCGCUACGGGCUCACGUGCCGGUACGUCAAGCCGGGCAACAUACCCUUGGCGGAGCGCUGGAAGGGGGACUUUGGGAUCCGGGCCGAGGACGCGUACGACGGCUAG